CGGUCCGGUGGCCUUCGAGUCCGGGUGAAUUCAGGGUCAACCCUUCCUGCCUCAGUCCCCUCCUUCCCCCGGGUGCCACCUCCUUCUCCCGCCGUCGGUGAGCUCCGUCUUUCGCAGUGCUGCGUUCAGCGCCCUGCAGCUAGUACCGGGGCGCACGGACCUCCACUCGGGUCGCCUCGCGUCCGAGACCCUCCAGGGCCAUGGGCAGGGUUUCCUUCAGCUUUCGAGUUGGCUCGGUUCGGAGAUCCCGCUCUGCUUGCCAGGGGCUCUGCUACCUCUCCUCCAGAGUCCCUCUUCCGCCAGGCGCUCUCUGCGCGUCCAGUGGGCUUAGCCGCACACGAGCACUUGGGGAGGCUGCCGGUGAAGCCGUCGCAACCAGCCCCUCGGGGAUCCACGGCUUGCCCUCGUCGCAGGCGCCCGGCAGCUGGAAGGACUGCGCGGCAGUCUUGCCUGCCCCAGACGUCUUGGGAGCUGAUGACAAUGACAUGGGUGAUGGCUGCUCGCAGAAGCUGGCCACAGCUAACAUCCUUCGCUUCUUGCUGCUGGUCCUGAUUCCGUGCAUCUGCGCGCUCCUUGUCCUGCUGGUGAUCCUGCUAUCCUUUAUUGGAACACUAAAAAAGACCUAUGUUAAAUCAAAUGGAAGUGAACCUAUGGUUACUGAUGGUGAAGUCCAAGUGCCUGAUGUCAUUCAUAAUACAAUUUAUAAUGAGAGCACAAUGGUACCUACUGUACAUCCCAACCAACACAUUCCAGUGUGGACUACAGAUGCUUCUCUUCCUGGGGAUCAAAUUCACAGGAAUGCAAGUGUCUGCAUGAACAUCACCCACAGCCAAUGUCAGAUGCUACCCUACCACACCACGCUAACACCUCUCUACUCAAUUGUCAAAAAUAUGAAAAUGGAGAAGUUCAUCAAGUUCUUCAUGUACCUCCAUCGCCUCAGUUGCUACCAGCAUAUCAUGCUAUUUGGCUGUAGCCUCGCCUUCCCUGAAUGCAUCAUUGAUGGAGAUGACAGGCGUGGCCUCCUUCCCUGUAGAUCUUUCUGUGAGGCUGCAAAGGAAGGCUGUGAGUCUGUCCUGGGGAUGGUGAACUCCUCCUGGCCCGAUUUUCUCAAGUGCUCCCAGUUUAGAAACCAAACCGAAAGCAGCAACGUCAGCAGGAUUUGCUUCUCCCCACAGCAGGAGAACGGAAAGCAAUUGCUCUGCGGAGGAGGUGAGAGCUUUCUGUGCACCAGUGGGAUCUGUGUCCCUCGGAAGCUACAGUGUAAUGGCUACAACGACUGUGACGACUGGAGUGACGAGGCUCAUUGCAACUGCAGUGAGGAUCUGUUUCGCUGUCACACAGGCAAAUGCCUUAAUUACAGCUUUGUGUGUGAUGGAUAUGAUGACUGCGGGGAUCUGAGUGAUGAGCAAAACUGUGACUGCAAUUCUACAAAGGAGCAUCGCUGUGGGGACGGGCGCUGCAUUGUGGCCGAGUGGGUGUGUGAUGGUGACCAUGACUGUGUGGACAAGUCCGAUGAGGUCAAUUGCUCCUGUCACAGCCAGGGUCUGGUGGAGUGCAGAAAUGGACAGUGUAUCCCCAGCUCUUUCCAGUGCGACGGAGACGAGGACUGCAAGGACGGGAGUGAUGAGGAGAACUGCGGUGACAGUCAGACUCCAUGUCAAGAAGGAGACCAAAGAUGCCUCUACAGUUCUUGCCUUGACUCUUGUGGUGGCAGCUCUGUGUGUGACCCAGACAGCAGUCUGAGUAACUGUAGUCAGUGUGAACCAAUUACCCUGGAACUCUGCAUGAAUUUGCCCUACAAUCAUACAAAUUAUCCAAAUUACCUUGGCCACAGGACUCAAAAGGAAGCAUCCAUCAGCUGGGAGUCCUCUCUCUUUCCAGCACUCGUUCAAACCAACUGUUACAAAUACCUCAUGUUCUUUGCUUGCACCAUUUUAGUACCAAAGUGUGAUGUGAACACAGGCCAGCGCAUCUCCCCUUGCAGAGCACUGUGUGAGCACUCCAAAGAACGCUGCGAGUCUGUUCUUGGGAUUGUGGGCUUACAGUGGCCUGAAGACACAGACUGCAAUCAAUUUCCAGAGGAAAACUCAGAUAAUCAAACCUGCCUAAUGCCUGAUGAAGAUGUGGAAGAAUGCUCACCAAGUCACUUUAAGUGCCACUCAGGAAGAUGUGUUCUGGCUUCCAGAAGAUGUGAUGGCCAGGCUGAUUGUGACGAUGACAGUGAUGAAGAAAACUGUGGUUGUAAAGAGAGGGAUCUUUGGGAAUGUCCAUCCAAUAAACAAUGUUUGAAGCACACAGUGAUCUGUGAUGGGUUUCCAGACUGCCCUGAUAACAUGGAUGAAAAAAACUGCUCAUUUUGCCAAGAUGAUGAACUGGAAUGUGCCAACCACGUGUGUGUGUCCCGUGACCUGUGGUGUGACGGGGGAGCAGAUUGCUCGGACAGUUCAGAUGAAUGGGACUGUGUGACCCUCUCUAAAAAUGUGAACUCUUCAUUCCUGACUGUCCACAGAUCUGCAACAGAACACCAUGUGUGUGCAGAUGGCUGGCAGGAGACCUUGAGUCAGCUGGCCUGCAGGCAGAUGGGUUUAGGAGAACCAUCUGCAACUGAAUUGAUACAAGAGCAGGAACAAGACCAGCAGUGGCUGAUGGUACAGUCCAACUGGACAAGCCUCAACGGAACCACUUUGCAUCAACUGCUGGUUCACAGGCAGUCUUGUCCAAGCAGAAAAAAGAUCUCUCUUCUGUGUACUAAACAAGACUGUGGGCGCCGCCCUGCUGCUCGCUUGAACAAGAGGAUCCUUGGGGGUCGGACAAGUCGCCCUGGAAGGUGGCCUUGGCAGUGCUCUCUGCAGAGUGAACCCAGUGGACACAUUUGUGGCUGUGUUCUCAUUGCCAGGAAGUGGGUUCUGACAGUUGCCCACUGUUUCGAGGGGCGAGAGAGCGCUGCUGUUUGGAAGGUGGUGCUUGGGAUCAACAACCUGGACCACCCCUCCGCGUUCACGCAGACGCGCUUCGUGAAGACCAUCGUCCUGCAUCCCCGCUACAGCCGAGCGGUGGUGGACUAUGACAUCAGCAUAGUUGAGCUGAGCGAAGACAUCAACGAGACCAGCUACGUCCGACCAGUCUGCUUACCCAGCCCAGAGCAGUCUUUGGAACCUGAUACGUACUGCUACAUCACAGGCUGGGGCCACAUGGGCAACAAAAUGCCUUUUAAGUUGCAAGAAGGAGAGGUCCGCAUUAUUUCUCUGGAACAGUGCCAGUCCUACUUUGACAUGAAGACCAUCACCAAUCGGAUGAUAUGUGCUGGCUAUGAAUCUGGCACAGUGGACUCCUGCAUGGGUGACAGUGGUGGGCCUCUUGUUUGUGAGCAGACUGGAGGACAGUGGACAUUAUUUGGAUUAACCUCAUGGGGCUCAGUCUGCUUUUCCAAAGUCCUGGGGCCUGGCGUGUAUAGCAAUGUUUCCUACUUUGUUGAAUGGAUUGAAAAACAAAUAUAUAUCCAGACCUUCCUCCUAAAGUAAUUCCAAUGAUGAUCAGAGACUUUUGCCAGCAACACUGAAAGAGAAUGGCCUUCUUGACUGUGAAGAGUUUUCUGCAGAGAGAUAUACAGAGGUGCUUUUCAUGGACAGGGAACGCUCAACAUGCACUGCAGAUUUUCAUAUUUGUUUUAA